ACGGAAGAUGUUAAUGAAAGAAGAUAUAAAUACAUUCGUGCUGAAGGUUAUGACAUACGCUGUACUGUACAGUAUGACACAGGUAAAGCACCAGAAGCAUUUGGUUAUAACGAUGAAAUUUAUGCUUCUAGUUUCUCUGUUAACGGUGUAUUAGUUGAACCAAGAUUUACUUUGAGAGUUAAGGCAAAAAUAACUUUUGAAGAUGCUAUUAAAAGUAAAGCAGAGAAAGAUGAACUUGACGUAACGAACAAAGUUUUGAAAUCUCAUAAACACAAUAUCUCCGAUAUAAAUGAACUUCAAGCUACAUUAAAUAGUAAAGCUGACAAGAACCAUACACAUGAAUCCUUCACUACUGUUAGAGCAGACGACAUAAUAUUGAACUAUACCCUUGGUUCAAGUGCACCUUUAGAGAAUCCAAGUACAAGCGUAAAAGAUACACUAAACUCCUUAAAUAGUAAAUGUAUGAACAUUGAAGGUCAUGUCAGAAACUUUGAAACAUAUAAACUACCAGCAAUGUUAGAUAAAAAAGCAGAUAAAGAACAUACACAUAACUCCUUCUCAACUGUUGCUAUAGAAAGUAUUGAAGGAACGGUUGGCGGAACUGGUGGGGAUGCAUUAUAUUAUAAACCUCCUAACUUUCCACAAGGUUUAACAUCGAAUGAAAACAUAACAACGAAGAAAGAAAUUAGCUGUAAAAAUGUUUAUGUCAUGAAUGAUGAAAAUAAUGUUAAAUUCACUGCUCAAGAUUUAUAUGAUAAGAAAGCUGACAAAACAGAGCUUCAAACAUUAAAGACUGAAAUAUUGCAAGCUAUAUAUCCUGUUGGUUCUUUAUAUACAUCAAUGAAUUCAACAAAUCCCGCAACAGUUCUGGGUUUUGGUACAUGGCAGCAGAUUGUAGAUAAAUUCUUAUACUGUGCUAACUCUUCAAAUCAAACAGGAGGUUCGAAGAAAAUUACUGAAGCAAACUUACCUGCGCACACUCAUACAGGAACGACAAACUUUUCUGGUGACCAUAGACACUCAUUAAGAGACCACCCAUUAUACAACUCAGACUAUAAAGCUGGCAAUGACAUUUUAUCUCCAUCUUAUAACAAUUCAGCAAAAAAGACUUUUCGACCAACUGAACCAGGAGGAAAUCAUUCACAUACAUUUACAACAAAUCCAACAGGUUCGGGUGAAGAUUACAUGCCACCAUUUAUGACUGUAUUUGCAUGGUACCGCGUUCAAUGA